AGCAAAUCUCCCGCGGCCGCGGAGGAGGUGGGGCGGGUGCUGGGCGCAGCCUCGCCUUCCGCCCACGCGGGGCUGCGGCGGGGACGCUUCUCUGGAGGAUGUGCGGAAACUUGAGGUUUGGAGCCCGUUGGACCGGAAAGGGGCUCCGUAGAGCCCCGCCCUGGAGUGAAGGAGGAGCCUUCUCCUGGAGCGCCGAAGAAAGCGGAAGAAGGCGGCUUCGCUUGGAUUUAUCCAGUGUGACCCCUCCGGGGCCUUCUCAGUUGGAUAAAACUCUGCAAAGAAAAUGCCUAGCACUUAUGUCUGCAGUAACUCCUGCCAAGGUUUACUGUUGCUUGUUCAUCAUUGCAGUCCUCACUACAAGUGUGAUUGUACUUUCUAUUGUUUUGUCAGAAUUUCCUGAAAAGAUACAAAGCCCUUCCAACCAUUGGAUUGGCCUUAGAAGAGAAUCAUCCCAUCACAUUUGGAGGUGGAUGGACAACACAGAAUAUAAUAACACGCAUGUUUUGAGACUUCUCAUCUUUCUGCUGUGUUUAUGUACGGUUAUGUGUGUGACUUGUGUUUAUGAGAUAAGAAAUGUAGUAUGAUGGAAAACUUACUGCAAUAUGAGGUAAGAAGUCUAAACUCUUUUUAUGCUCUUCCAUUUAUUAGCUGUGUCUUUGGGAAAGCUUUACCUAACUGUGAUUUCAGUUGAAAUCUUUAACAUGACAGUGACAUUUGACACAAUUUUACGCUUUCAUCCACUGAUUUAAAACUGCUGAAAUCCCUGCUUACAGCUGAUGUACAACAACGGUUCUACAAUCAUAGGAAGCCACUGAGGAGCUGAUAUCCUCAAGGCUGUUAAGCCCACUCUUCCAGCUGUUGCAUCCAUUUACAAUAGGAAAGCAUCCAGGGAACUCAUGGGAAUCUGUCUCUCCUAAAAUCCUAUCACCAGAAGGAAACAAGUAACAGUUCCUUGGACUGUGAACAUUUCAAAGGGGUAUUUUGAAUAUAAUCAUUACAUUACAGCAGAUAAAAUGUAGGAACCCAGUCAUAUCCAUUAAUCAAUGCUAAGCCCUUUCAGGAAUUUACUAGUGGUUUUUUUUUGGUUUUUUUGUUUGUUUGUUUGUUUGUUUGUUUUUUAAUUUUCACACAUUUGUAAAACAAUUUGGGAGGAGACUGGAAAUCAUCUUGAUGGAAGACCACCAAUGGUAGCAGUUCAUUUGGGUGCAGCAGCAAGCAUCAGUUAAAUACCUAUCAACAUAGGUGGGCUUGGUGUGGAUAAAUGAUAAGCUUGUGAUUUUCAAGCAAGGACCUUGAGGACAUAAAGGACACUAAAUACAGAAAUGGUUUAUAUUACUAUGAAGCAAUAUUAAUGACAGACUUUUGCUUUUCUCUUAUCCACAUUAAAAUAUGGAGGGGGUACAGAAGAUGAUAGGCGAGGAACAAAUGCAGGUGUCUCACUUAUAAAUAUGUAAUAUUUUUGUGUUUGGCUUUAGGCUUGCUAUCAGAGGAGGUGGAGAAUGUGCCUUCCUGAAUGACAAUGGAGUCAGAAUCUUUAUAGACAGAAAAUGGAUUUGUAGCAAGCCAAACAGUUAUGUCUGCAGUUGCCAGUUAUGUCCCCACUGGGAUCCUACCUAGUGGAGCGUUGAGAAGAGGGCCACCAUCCUCCAGACUCCAGAAUGGUAGAUUCAUCAGCAGCUUCCACCAUGCCCCUAGAAAAACUGCAAGGAACAGACCUGCACAUGUAUCCCCUAAAUCUAAAAUAAAAGUUGGAAAAAAUGGAA